GCCAGUUGAUCUAUGUUCUGAAUAAAAUUUUAAUUUUUUUUAGAAAAAUCAGUUUUCGACGAGAUUUUGAUGAGAUCGGUUGCGAAACAAUUCAAUUGAAUAUUUCGGUUCUAUGCUGGGACACUGUUGGUGAAGUGAUUUACGAAGGAAGAAAAAAAAAACGAAAAGAAAAACGAUUAAUCAAGAUAGGGGAGACGAUAAAGAAAUUUAAUUUUACUGUGAAAGUGUUGAGCUUCGUAAAGGGAAAGUUUGUGAAAAUUUUGUCGAUUUUUUUAUUCGGAGUGUUCGGAGGAUUAAAUUGCGCACCGACGAAAAAAAUAGGAUUUUGUCGUUUCGUUGCCACUAUCUGUAUAAAUGGAUAACUUCAAUAACAUCAAUUGGAUAACAUGAUACAGUAGAGGAAAUUAUGAGAAAGAAAACGACCUCCACUUAGAACACAAACUCAUUCAGAACCAAUUUGGCAAAUAAGAAAAUAAAUCAAAAUGCGUAAAAAACAGAAACAAUUGUCCAGCAUAUCGCUGGGACUGAUAACUUUGACUCUAGUAAAUAUUGUAGCCGUUUUAGGUCAAACCACAUGCAACAAUGGUCUGGGACGCGUUCUUUACGAACGACUACCCAAUCAACAAUUACAGGGAUUCGAUGAUGAUGUGGUGCGUGACACAGCACCACCAUUUCGAGUCUUAGAAAAGUGCCAAGACUUAUGUCUACGCGACAGGACUGCGUCGAAUAAUUUAGUUAGAGCUUGCACCAGUUUCGAUUUCCAACCGGGUAGUCGGAUAGCAUCGUUCAGCGGCAGUGCUGAGUACGAAGAGUCGACGUGUUAUCUGACAAGGGAGCAGCCGGCGCCGGAAGGAAUCGGUAUAUUGAUGUUGGUGCCGAAUAGUGUGCACUUUACGGAAGUUUGUUUAACAUCAAGUCGUCCGGAGAGAGAAUGCCCCAGCAGGCGAUACGUUUUUGAACGUCAUCCGAGAAAGAAGUUGAAGCUACCAGUUUCGGAUAUAAAGGAAAUUACCGCAGCCAAUCGAUCCGAUUGCGAGGAUAAAUGUCUCAACGAGUUUUCGUUUGUUUGUCGGUCAGCAAAUUUUGAUUCGAACCUGAGAAGCUGUACCAUGAGCAGAUUCACGCGUCGAACUCAUCCAGAAUUGUUAGAGGAUGAUCCCAAUUCGGACUAUUUGGAGAACACCUGCCUAAACGCCGAAAGACGGUGCGAUGGCCUAGCGGUCUAUGUGAAAGAGGAAAACAAACGAUUGGGUGGACCCUUCGAAGUGGACAUAUUCAACAAUAUGACACUGGAAGAGUGUCAAACCAUGUGCAUUCGUGCUGAAAAAUAUUUCUGUCGAUCGGUGGAAUUCGAUGAUCAAUCCAAGCAGUGUGUUCUGUCCGAAGAGGAUUCCAUAUCGCAAAAAGACGACAUUAGCAUCAGUUCCAGUCCGACGCAUCACUUCUACGACCUAGUUUGCCUGGAUAACCGUAAAUACAUCCGUGAAAAACGUGGCAAUGAAUAUCCCGACAACUCGGUCACCUCGCAUCUGUUCGCUAGCGGCCGACGACCGGACACAGCAUUCCAGAGAUAUCGGAAUUCGAGAUUGGGCGGUGAAUUUCAUUCGGAAAUUACUGGUCGUUCGCUUAGCGAAUGCUUAGACGAAUGUUUGCGCCAGACGAGUUUUCAGUGUCGGUCGGCUGUGUACAGUGACCGAUUCCGAACGUGUCGUCUGAGUCGUUACAAUCAACGGGAUGGUAUGCGAAUCAUUUACGAUGCGGACUACGACUACUACGAGAAUUUGAUGCUUAAUGUAGUGGGAGGAGAAGGCGACGAUCGUGAUCGGCCAAGCACAAGACCUGAUGGACCGGGUAAUAAUGAUUGGCGACCACCAUACUCAGGAGGCGAUAGAGAUAGAAAUAGAGACAGAUUUCCUGACGAUCGGUAUCCUAGUAGGUAUCCACCGUCAGAUGGACAGAUGACUUAUGAUAAAUAUCCGACUGGUUCGCGACCAGACUAUGGCGAUCGCUAUCCGAGUGGUGACCGUUAUCCUGCGGGUGGUGAAAGAUAUCCAGGUGGAGAAAAAUAUCCAGGCGGAGAACGACUUCCAGGUGGAGAACGAUAUCCAGUUGGUGAAAGAUAUCCAGGUGGAGAACGAUAUCCAGGUGGAGAAAGAUAUCCAGGUGGAGAACGAUAUCCAGGUGGAGAACGAUAUCCAGGUGGAGAACGAUAUCCAGCCGGAGAAAGAUAUCCAGGUGGAGAACGAUAUCCUGGCGGAGAAAGAUAUCCUGGCGGAGAACGAUAUCCUGGCGGAGAACGAUAUCCAGGUGGAGAACGAUAUCCAGGCGGAAUUGGUGGAGAAAGAUAUCCUGGAAUCGGUGACGAGGAUCGCUACCCAAUUGUUCCGGAUAACAGAUAUCCAGAUGACAUUCGUGGUGGUGUUGGACGCCCUGGAAUCGGUGGCCGCUAUCCAGACGAUAACGAUAGAGGAAGAUAUCCGUCGUCACGUUAUCCAGAUGAUAGGGAACGAUAUCCAGGUCUACCACGACCAGGAAUCGGUGGAAGGUAUCCAGUUGACGACAGAGACACUGAUCGUGGACGUUACCCUGCACGAUAUCCGGUUGGUAGAUAUCCCGAUGAACGAUAUCCGAUUGAUGAUUCCGAUCGAGGUAGAUAUCCGGGAGCGACUAGAUAUCCGUCACGGUAUCCCGAUGAUGGAGACUACUUGCCAAGUAGUCGCUAUCCACCAGACAAUAGUGUGGGAUUGCCACGACCCAUUCCUGACGAUGUUCGCCGUCCGAUCGGAAGGCCGAUUCCUGCCGGCAGAUAUCCACCAGAUGAUCGAUAUCCACCAGACGAUCGGUAUCCAACAGACAGUCGUUAUCCAAUUGACAGGCUACGACCGACUACUUCUCGAUAUCCGAUUGAUAUGCGUUAUCCAAUUGAUAGUCGGUAUCCAGACUCUCGGCCUGGCUAUUCCAUUCCACCGGAUAAUCGUUAUCCCGAAACCAGAUAUCCAACGCCCAUUUUAAGUGGUGGUGGACGCUAUCCAGUAUCGGAAAAUCGUUUCCCCGUGGGCAAUGAUCGGAAUCCAAUUUACAUCUAUCGCUACGGUAAUCGAGAAAGAUUUCCCAUCGGACCAGGCUAUGAUCGAUAUCCAAUGACCGCCUUUGACCGAGAUCGGGACCGAGAUCGUGGAUACGGCGAUAGAUUCGGCGGUGGAUUUGGUGCGCCACAAGAACCUGGCUUUGACAGAGGCGCUGGACGACCAUUUUAUGGUGGAGCUAUGGGCGGCUAUCCACCCUAUGAAUUGCCGUUCAGACCACCAGUGUCUGGUUAUGACAAUUCCUUGAAUGCUGGCACUGGCGAUGGUUUUGGUGGUUUUGGGCCAGUACGACCAGUAGGUGGUGGCUCGCGUUGCGAAGAUGGCGAUAAUUUCAAACAAAUCGGCGUUAGGCAGAAAGUUCGUCGACAAUAUGUACGGCGAGUGGUGGCUGUACCUUCGCUAAUCCAUUGCCAACGGGAAUGUGUGGAGGCUAAAGACUUUAUGUGUCGCAGUUUUAACUACAGAGACUCAGCCCUGCCUUAUGACAAUGAUGGAAGCACUGCUUCCAGAGAACGAGAAACUGCCAACUGUGAGCUGAGUGAUCGCGAUACGAGGGAAUUGGACAUUCAAAAUCCGCAAAUGUUUGACGCCAGUUCGUACGACUACUAUGAAAGGAGCAACUCGAGGAGUGGUGUGGAUGGAGAGUGUCUGGACGUCUCUCAAACUUGCAACGAGGAUGGUAUGGAAUUCACUCUCAGAACGCCAGAAGGUUUCCUCGGACGUAUUUACACUUACGGUUUCUACGAUCGUUGCUUCUUCCGGGGAAAUGGCGGUACAGCAAAUGUGCUCCGUAUUAGCGGUUCGCAGGGAUAUCCGGAGUGUGGAACCCAAAGAUACGGUGACACCAUGACGAAUAUUGUGGUCGUUCAGUUCAGUGAUAAUGUGCAAACUGGACGCGACAAGCGAUUCAACUUGACAUGCAUUUUCCGAGGACCUGGUGAAGCGGUUGUUACGUCUGGUUAUAUUGGAGCAGGUAGUUUUAACGAUGUCGACAGAUCGGGCAGUCCGAUACCGAUUGAGUAUCUGCCAGCCGAAAAUACGCUCAGCUCCAAGGUACGACUGAUGAUUUUGUACCAGAACCGACCAACCACCACCAUAGCCGUUGGAGAUCCGUUAACCUUCCGUUUGGAAGCCCAAGAUGGAUACAAUCAAUUGACGGACAUAUUCGCCACGAAUGUCGUAGCGCGUGACCCAUACUCUGGACGGAGCAUUCAGCUCAUCGAUCGAUAUGGUUGCCCCGUCGAUCCGUAUGUGUUCCCCGAAUUGGACAAGUUGAGAAGUGGAGACUCGCUGGAGGCAAGAUUCAAUGCGUUCAAGAUACCCGAAUCGAACUUCUUGGUGUUCGAGGCAACGGUACGAACUUGUAGGGAAGGUUGUCAACCGGCUUAUUGUCCUGGCCAGUCUGGACGCUCGGAACCGUCAUUCGGCCGUCGAAGACGUUCAAUCAAUGGAACUCUGGUAGUUGAAUCCAAUGCUGAACUUGAUGGUACAGUAUUAGACACUGAGAAUUCUACUUCUGCUGAGAAUGCAGUGAACGGAACAGCCACCGGCAAGGAAAAGGAAAUAUUUGAUCCGGAUACAUCACCGGAUGUGCCGGAACAUGUACGAGAAAUGAUUGAAGUGUUCGAGACAAGAGACGAAAUAGAUAGCGAUAUUGUGCCCAGGAAACUGAUACAACCUUUGAAUUCCAUCUGCCUAACACCUUCCGAAUACCAUGGCUUGAUCAGUGCAGUAGUUUUGCUGAUGAUUCUGUUGCUGAGCAUAACAUUGGCCGCUGGCUUAGCUUACAGACGCUACUGGGCCGUCAUGAUAAAGAAUCGUUCGUUGGACCGCAGCUCUCCGGUAAAUUCAUUCAUUCCGUCAGCACUCCAUCAAAAUAUGAAUGUGUCCACUCGUCAAUUUAAUGCCUCCACUUCCGGUUCAUCUAGCCAGAAUGGACGACCGAGCCUGAAUUUAUUCAAUGGAAGCUUACAGAAGACAUUCGCUACUGGAAACCUUUCACGAAUGUGUCAAUUGCCGGUUAUGAAUCCACUGCGAAACAACGGAAAUGCGACGGAAUUUGAUGAUCCAAGUGAACCGAUUUACACAGAUCCAUCGUUGUUUGAGCGAUCACGAGUUUAAAUGCUUGAUUUUCAGAUCGUUGAGGAGCAUUGCCGUUGGAAGUGAUGAGGAAUAGUUUCUUAUCGGCUGUUUUCCUUACCAAAAAAAAGUUUUCCUUUUCAGGAAACUUCUACCAUCUAAGACAUUACAAGAUAUUGCUUAGGUUUAGUGACGACCAAAAGUCAACCAAAAAUAAAAUAUUUUUAAGUUAAAGACCAUCCACUAGCACCACCAUUGUAAAUACAAUUACGCAACCAAUGCGCAUCACAUUUUUUGAUAAAAA